CUUCCUUUCUAAUGUAUCCACAUUGGUACUUGGUCAAAAGAGCGAAGUAGGGCGCCACGUACACAUCAUGCAAAUCCUGGACGUGUUGUAGAUGAACAGGCUGACAGGACCCACGUACACGGCAGUAUUUCAGCGGUGUUGCUUUAAAAAUCGUAUCAGGAGCAACGUUUAAAGUUUUAAAGCGAGAAGAGGAGGAGGGAACAGAAGUGCUCCAAGUUUAGUGGACAGGAAAAAAAGCAGCGUCUGCUAAACUGCACACAGAAACAAUGAGUGACGUGGAUAAGCAGCAGGAUGAUGUGCCUUCAUAUUUAAAGGAUGAACCUCCAGCAGAUAUUAAUAAGGAUCACCCCCAGCCUCAGCCAGGCAUGUUUUCCAGAGUAACCGGGGGGCUGUUCAGUGUCACCAAAGGUGCUGUUGGAGCCACUGUUGGUGGGGUGGUCUGGAUUGGAGGAAAGAGCUUGGAUCUCACUAAAACUGCUGUCACUUCUGUUGCUUCUGUUCCUGCUGUGGGGGUAGGUUUAGUAAAAGGGGGCGUGUCUGCUGUGGCAGGUGGAGUGACAGCAGUUGGCUCAGCAGUUGCUAGUAAAGUUCCCAUUGGAGGAGCCAAGAAGAAGGAUAAGUCUGACUGAAGUGUUGGGGAGGUACUAUCAGUGACUAUUACAUGACUCCUUGGUGGGUUGAUGGUUUCUUAUUCUGCAACACGAGUGCUGGGACCAAAUCCAUCUGCUAGAUCUGGUCUAUAAGAUGGUGACUUCAGUAUGCUGGGAGCUUUGUUCUGCUCCUCAGAUGAGGACCUUUGUUUUUGUGUGUCAUGAGUGAUAUCUGGUGGAAUAUGUCAAGGAGUGAAUAUUGCGUUACAAGUAAUGCCAAUAAUGUUUUUCAUUUGUGAAGUAUUAGUUCUAGGAGAGGUUUGGAUAUCUGUGUGAGGGACCACAGUAACAUUGGCGUCAUGUUUCGCCAAGCUACACAGCACAAUCCUUUGUCUAUCUGACUCCGAACAUAAGGAAUUCACAUUCCCUUGUACCAGAGCCUUACAGCCAAAUUAACACAAGCCAAGUGCUGGAUUAAGACAGACAUCAGCUAGGUGCCCCUCAAGGUACUGUACAAGAAAAUCGGAGACUGUAGGGAGGGUUGAUGGCACCAUUCCAUCUGUUGGGAUUGAUUCUGUUUGUGAGAUUGCUGCCCUCUCACACAGCUUUGCUCAUCACUCUCUUGCUCGGUCACCUGCAAUACAGAAAAACCCUGAGCCUGCACACAUACACAGGCUAAUGUGAAUGUGUCUACUAUGCAGCAAAACAGCUAAAAUAAUUACUUUUUUUCUCUGCAAAAAUCUGAAUGCUGGUAGCAGUCUUUAAGAAAAUGGUUUGAGAUGGUUUUUUUCUUAGGGUUUGAAAACUUGCAGAGCUAGAAGCUAAUGUUAGAAAAAAAAAACUGUGGGUCACUGGUGUACACUACCCAUGGAGUAAAGGUUGAUUCGUUUUGACAAUACCAGAGUUUCUUUUUCUUGCAAAAAACUAUUUCUAGUGGCCUUCCAUCUUUUGUCUCAGUCAUUUCACAGUUUAGACAUUUUUUACAAGGCAAUACUGAAUCACAUUUUAUGUUUUUGGUUAAGUAUGAAUGGGCACAGGCAGUAUUUUUCUCCAGUGUGUGUUUAAAUGUCUUUAUUUUGCUGCAACCAAAGAUUGCGAAUACAUGGUGUGAAACCUUUUCUCAAAUGCAUUAAUAUUGACCCUUUUGUAUAAUAAACAAUAUAUUCUCUGACUUGUUUUUACCAGUAUAUGUUUAUUCGUUUUACACACAAAUAUGUAAGUCUGUACUUGGAGAUGUAAUGUGAAUUCAAUAAAUGGAUAACACUCA